CGGCGCCGGCGGGGCAUGGAGGCAGCGCACAGCGUGCCGGUGCGGGACGUGCUGAGCCGCUUCGACGUGACUGAGAGCUGCGGGCUCAGCCCCGAGCAGGUCCGCCGCAACCGGGAGAAGUACGGCCCCAAUGAGCUCCCUGCAGAAGAAGGAAAGUCCCUCUGGGAGCUGGUGCUGGAGCAGUUUGAGGAUCUCCUGGUCCGCAUCCUUCUGAUGGCAGCAUUCCUCUCCUUUAUCCUGGCCUGGUUCGAAGAAGGAGAGGAGAGCACGACAGCCUUCGUGGAGCCCAUUGUCAUCAUCAUGAUCCUGAUUGCCAACGCCGUGGUGGGUGUGUGGCAGGAGAGGAAUGCCGAGAGUGCCAUCGAGGCCCUGAAGGAGUAUGAGCCCGAAAUGGGGAAGGUGAUCCGUGCCGACCGCAGCGGGGUGCAGCGGAUUCGUGCCCGCGACAUCGUCCCUGGGGACAUCGUGGAGGUGGCAGUUGGUGACAAGGUACCAGCAGACAUCCGCAUCAUUGAAAUCCGCUCCACCACGCUGCGGGUUGACCAGUCCAUCCUCACAGGGGAGUCCAUGUCGGUGAUCAAACAUGCUGACCCCAUCCCUGACCCCCGUGCUGUCAACCAGGAUAAGAAGAACAUGCUUUUCUCUGGCACCAACAUUGCAGCUGGGAAGGCCGUGGGAAUCGUCAUUGCAACAGGGGUGUACACAGAGAUCGGGAAGAUCCGAAACCAGAUGGUGGAGACAGAGCCUGAGAAAACCCCCUUGCAGCAGAAGCUGGAUGAGUUCAGCCAGCAGCUCUCCAAAGUGAUCUUCCUGGUGUGCAUCGCCGUCUGGGUCAUCAACAUCAGCCACUUCAGUGACCCUGUGCAUGGUGGCUCCUGGUUUCGAGGUGCCAUCUACUAUUUCAAGACAUCGGUGGCCCUGGCAGUGGCUGCCAUUCCUGAGGGCCUCCCAGCUGUCAUCACCACGUGCCUGGCACUGGGCACCCGCCGCAUGGCCAAGAAGAAUGCCAUCGUGAGAAGCCUGCCCUCGGUGGAGACGCUGGGGUGCACCUCUGUCAUCUGCUCCGACAAAACCGGCACCCUCACCACCAACCAGAUGUCUGUCUGCCGGAUGUUCAUCAUGGAGAAGGUGGAGGGUACCCAGUGCAGCCUGCAUGAGUUCAGCAUCACCGGCUCCACCUACGCCCCCGAGGGACAGAUCCUGAAGGACGAGCAGCCGGUGCAGUGUGGGCAGUACGAUGGGCUGGUGGAGCUGGCUACUAUCUGUGCUCUCUGCAACGACUCCUCACUGGACUACAAUGAGUCAAAAAAAGUCUACGAGAAGGUAGGGGAAGCCACUGAAACUGCCCUGACGUGCUUGGUGGAAAAGAUGAACGUCUUCGACACGGACACCAGCAAGCUCUCUAAGGUGGAGCGAGCCAACGCCUGCAAUUCAGUGAUCAAACAUCUGAUGAGGAAGGAGUGCACCCUUGAGUUCUCCCGCGAUCGCAAGUCCAUGUCGGUGUACUGCACGCCCACUGGCCCCGGUCACAACUCUGCUGGCAGCAAGAUGUUUGUCAAGGGUGCCCCAGAGAGUGUGAUCGAGCGCUGCACCCAUGUCCGUGUGGGCACAGCCAAGGUUCCACUGACCACACCUGUGAAGGAGAAGAUCCUGAGCCGGAUCCGGGACUGGGGCAUGGGCAUCGACACGCUGCGCUGCCUGGCAUUGGCCACCCAUGAUGCACCCGUCCACAGGGAGACCAUGCAGUUGCACGACUCCACCACCUUUGCCCAUUAUGAGACCAAUCUGACCUUUGUGGGCUGCGUGGGGAUGCUGGACCCUCCCCGCAAGGAGGUCACUUCCUCCAUUGAGAUGUGCCGCAAGGCCGGCAUCCGCGUCAUCAUGAUCACGGGCGACAACAAAGGCACGGCGGUGGCCAUCUGCCGCCGCAUCGGCAUCUUCACGGAGAGCGAGGAUGUGGCUGGCAAGGCCUACACGGGCCGGGAGUUCGAUGAGCUGUCCCCAGAGGCACAGCGGCAGGCGUGUCGCGAGGCUCGCUGCUUCGCCCGCGUUGAGCCGGCGCACAAGUCCCGCAUCGUUGAGUACCUGCAGUCCUUCAAUGAGAUCACCGCCAUGACGGGCGACGGCGUCAACGAUGCCCCAGCCCUGAAGAAAGCCGAGAUUGGCAUCGCCAUGGGGUCCGGCACGGCUGUUGCCAAGUCAGCUGCUGAGAUGGUGCUCUCUGACGACAACUUCUCCACCAUUGUGUCCGCCGUGGAGGAGGGCAGGGCCAUCUACAACAACAUGAAGCAGUUCAUCCGCUAUCUCAUCUCCUCCAACGUUGGGGAGGUUGUGUGCAUCUUCCUGACAGCCAUUCUGGGCCUGCCCGAAGCCCUCAUCCCAGUGCAGCUGCUGUGGGUGAACCUGGUGACGGAUGGGCUGCCAGCCACCGCGCUGGGAUUCAACCCCCCUGAUCUGGACAUCAUGGACAAGCUGCCGCGCAACCCCAAGGAGCCUCUUAUCAGUGGAUGGCUCUUCUUCCGUUACCUGGCCAUUGGAGUGUACGUGGGGCUGGCCACGGUGGGCGCAGCAACCUGGUGGUUCUUGUAUGACACUGAGGGACCGCAGGUCUCCUUCCAUCAGUUGAGGAACUUCAUGCGAUGCACCGAAGACAACCCCAUCUUUGAAGGAGUUGACUGUGAAAUCUUCGAGUCUCGAUACCCGACCACGAUGGCUCUGUCUGUGCUGGUGACAAUUGAAAUGUGCAAUGCCCUGAACAGUGUCUCUGAGAACCAAUCAUUGCUGCGAAUGCCCCCAUGGCUCAACAUCUGGCUGCUGGGGGCCAUCGUCAUGUCCAUGGCUCUGCAUUUCUUCAUCCUCUACGUCAAGCCCAUGCCUCUCAUCUUCCAAGUGACCCCGCUGAGCUGGCCGCAGUGGGUGGUUGUCCUGAAGAUCUCCCUGCCCGUCAUCCUACUCGAUGAAGGACUCAAGUACCUUUCCCGUAACCACCUGGAGGGAAUUCUCAGGACAGUAAGAAACACGUGGAGCGGGGAGCACCAAUUGAAAACCCGCAGGACUCCAGAGAAAGGGAGAAGAGGACAAGAAAUGAAUGACACGAAGGAGACGCUCCAGGCUAAAGGACCCCAAACGUGUAACUCGGACUGAGGGUUUGCAUGCGUGCCCACCGUGAGCAGCCAGCAGGACAUGCAUGUGUCCCACUACCAGACAAAUGCGGGUGAAUCGUCGAAAAGAAAAAACCCUGAUUUUGUUUUGUUUUGUUUCGUCGCUUUCCUUUUCCUGUACAUAACAGUGCAAUCGCUGGCCAGCUGGCGGAGGGCUUUGGGGAUGGAGCUACAGGGCCACGGUGUGGUCGGAACGUGGUUCCUUGGGGAUUUGUUCCUGCAGCAUUGGAGGCCCUCUCACAAAGCUUUGUCCCAGCACAGUGAGCUGAGUCAGGGCAGGGAGCCAUGGGGAGGUUGGGGUUUGAGGCAUAAGAUGGGGUCUGUGGGGUGCGGUGGUGCUGGGGACAGCAUCAGGGUGAGGUGUCCUGGAGGACCGCUGGUGCCAUGGUUGUGUGUGUGUGUGCAGCAGAAGCUGGAGGUCUCCCUAUGCUGCUGUCCUCUGGCCCUUCGCCUUCUCAGGUUCAUUCCACACCAAAUCGUGGCGUGGUUUUGUCCAUUCCCCUCUAUCUGAUGUCUUGUGAGCUCCUACCUGCACUGCUCAAGGUGCAGCCAUCUCCUCUGGAGGUAUUUGAAGCCAAGCGUGGGGACGAACAAGGCAUCCUCGUGUCCCCACUUGCUCCUGGUCACGCUUCCUCUGCUCAGUUAUUUUCAAUUAUUUCCCUGCCAGGAGCUGUGCAUAGAGCAUAAGUCCUUAGGGGAACUGUGUGUUCGUGUCUUCUGCUGUGGGGAGCCCCACUGUCUUGCGCAGCACGUCCCUGACACCCACCAUCAGGGAAUGAAUAUAUGCUUGUACAGAAGGUCCCCCAGCAGCGCCCCUUGGUGGGACACCAGCUUGGUUGUUUCCUCCAGGAGGAUGGUGCAGGCUGCAGUGGGAGGUGGUGGAUCAGGGCAGUUUUGGGAUUCAGUCCAUGGAGCUGCAGGGUGGGUCAUCCAUCCCAGCUCCCCACAUGCUCCCUCCUGUUUUCCUUCUUUCUCCCCACGAUCCAUCCUGGUGAUGCUUAGCUACCCUCUACCUUUGCUUUCUCCUAAGUCCCAGCCUGGAGGACCCAACAGCACUAGAGCCAGGCUUUGUGAUAGCAUCUUGCUCUUUCACUUUUUUGCCUCUUAAAAGCUUCCAGUGCUUUUCUUGUUCCUCUCUCCCACGGGCAGGAUCACACCUUGCCCUGGGCACUAUGAGCAGAAGCCAUCCUUCUUUCUUUUCUCCAUCACCAGCAUUGACAAAGAUGAGCAGAGCCCCCAGACCAAUGGGAAUGUACAGAAUUGUUAUACUACUGAGCUGAUCUAAUUGUACAGAAAACCUUGCAUGAGAUGUUGUUACUGUAUUUAAUAUAUAAUGUAUUCAAGGAAUUUUAAUAUGGAGCUCUAUAGGAAGAUCUUUAUAGUUACUCUGUGGUUAGAAGAAGGUUGUUGCUGAUUUUUUAAAAAUUAUUAUUAUACUUUGUCUUGAAGAAGUUUUAUUUUUCAAACAUUAUGUCUGAGUUCAUUGGUGUUCCAUGGGGACAACCAAUUCCUCUUAAAGGGCAAUUUUCCCCACAGAUGAGACUCAGCCUGGUGCAGAGGAACAGGACAUGCCCCAGGUACUGCUUCCACCUUCCACAGGGCUUCCAUAGGGCUGCAGGUGUGGGUUUGCCCUUCACAAAAAGGGUGGAUUUCUCCGUGGUUUGGUACAGAUCAUCCCCAGUUCUCUGUGCAGGGUGAUACCCAGCAGGAAUUUCAUCCAGCACCCAAUGUCAGCACAGCAUUUUAUCCAGCACCAGCUCAGGGACUUCUGAGGAGAUGUUCUUCUGUUUCUCUGGGGCUGGAAGAUAAUUUGGGAGAGAUCAGAGCUGAUUCAGAGCAUCCCAGCCCAUCAGUAGGGUCUGGUGAGGUUUUCAGCUUCCCUGUGCCUCUUCCUGGGACGUGUUAGUCCAACUGUCUGUCCCACCAAAGAGGACCUGCUCAGUACAGCUGCUCACCCUGAGCCUAAUGGCUGCUGUGGGAUUGCUCAUUUGACCCAAGAUGUGUGUGUGUGCAAAGGUCCCAGUAAUGAGCACGGAGUGAUGGGUGGGAAUCUCUAAUAUGUAUGGAGAAUUAAAAGAAAAAAAAUCUCAGAGAGAUGAAAUCAUGGCACUUUAACUCUUUAUUAAAUUCCUGCUGGACCAGAUGGCCUUUAAAGAUCCCUUCCCAUUUAAAUGGUUCUAUAUAAUUCUAUGAUUCUGUGAUUUAUGCUUGGUCUCCUAUGAUGCCAGAGAGCUUGGGGUGGUGGUAGCAGACAUCCUCUGUGCCCACCAGCAGAAGGCUGUUGGAAGAGAUGGCGUUUGGGUCAUUUUAUUGUUAACGUGAUGCCAGGUUUCUUUCCCAUUGACCUACACCAUGCCACCAUGGGCAGUGCUGUGCCAUUGUGUUGCCAUUUGGCUGCACUGUGAGUUACCAAAUAUGAGCCAUUGUGGGCAAGAAUUCAGAACAGAGCCCCAUCCAAAGGUUUGUUCUUCUGGCAGCAGCCAACUGCGUUUACCUUCUCCUUGUGAACUUCCAGACCCAUCUCAGAAGUAAGUGAUGAGUGCAGGAAACUCGGAGCAGGCAUCCCAUUUCCCCUUCUCACCGGUUGAACCACAUCUCUCUUUUUCCCCUUGUCAUUUAAUUUCUCACCCCCUCUGGUUGGGUUUCACUCCGUUCCAGAGGCUUUAUAGAUAUUUUAGUGAAGUAGGAGAAUAUCCACAGACCAGAUGCUUUUUCCUUUGUGCUUGGAUGAGGAUGAAUGGCAGAACAGGGUUUUAUUGUGUGCUGCUGUUUGUGCAAAUGAGAGGUCCCAGAACCAAGAGCAUCGCAGUGGGAUUUGCUGUGGUUUUGGUCCACACCCAGCAUGACUCUGUCUCUUAGCCCAGAUGCCAAAGGUGCACCCAGCCCUGGUCCUGCCCUCUCGGUGCCAUUCAGCUUUGGGUAGGUGUGGGGCAUGAAGUGAGCCUAAAUCUGCAUGGAGUGGCAGUGACAGGGGCUCAGGUUGGGCACGUGAGACCCAAUGGAGGAUGAGCACUGAGGCCAUAGCAUGCCUUCAGCCUGGGGAUGUGCUUGUGGAUUGAUUCGGGAUGCCCACACCAAAUCCAGAAUCUGAAUUUGUGCUUCAUAGCAAGAGAUAAAUCACUAUAUCUGGGGCGGGGGGAGGGUGUUACUCGAGGGGUAGAACUGAAAGAAAUGAGGUUUCCUAUUUUAUUAUAUGAGAGAUAUUUUUCCACUCACUUAUCGCUUCUGAUGUCGCGUCCCAGUGCCCGCGGUGCAGCCACCAGGCUUGUCGCCGUCACAUGCACGCCGACCACUCUGUUCACACAAUAUUGGGCUGAUUUGUUUUAUACUUAGGAAAUUACAGAAAUAAAAGCAAUUUUACUGGAAAA